UCUGUGACACAGGCCAGUGUGUGUCUCUGGGCCGUUAGCAAUAAUAACUGUAUGCUGUUGCAGGUGGUAGCAUGAGCUGGUCCCAGUGGCGGCUGCAAGUGCUGGUAGUGUGGCUAGCCACGUGUCUGGCCUCCCCACCGACCUGUAGAGUGUCAGAGUUCUUCUGUGACACAGGCCAGUGUGUGUCUCUGGACCGUUACUGUGACGGUGUGGAUGACUGCGCAGACAAGAGUGACGAGCCGAGAUACUGCUCACCGUGUAACCGGACGUUCUACGGGGACGUUGGGAGAACGUACGAGCUGGAGAUCAGGAGACCGAGGGAAGAUAGACUGCCCUUUCUUUGCCACCUCAACUUUACCGCCGGCAGUGGAGAGUUUGGAGAUUUGGUGCAGCUGACUUUCGACACGUUUACCGUGGGCAAGUUCGUCUCUUUUACCUCUGAGGGUUGUCCGGACGGUCAUAUGUCUAUAAGAGAGACGGAGAGGCCGGACACUGAGGGCCAGUGGUGUGGCAGUGCAUGGGGGUAUACAGUGUACUACAGUGAAGGAAGGUCAUUGAACCUGACACUCCAACUAGACAAGCUCAGUGAACAGGGUAUAGGAUACAACUUUGACUUCAAGUUAGCUUACAAGUUUCUGCGACGCUCAGAGGCCCACCUUCGCUAUGGCAACAGUACCGCAGUCAGCUACCGUGGGGAGCUCCUGCCUGGGACGUACUGUGACCGGGUGUUGGAGGGGUGCGACAGGAGACCAUGCAGGAUCCAGAGUCCAAACUAUCCCGGGGUCUACCCAAGAAAUGUCACCUGCUAUUACAGGGUGGAGCAGAGAACAGCUCCAAGAGGUAAACAUGUUUUGUUGGUGGUUCGACAAAGAAACAGCCACAAGAUACAUAUCAAGGACCAAAUAGUGAAAUACGACAGGAGCCAGAGGGUUCUUAGGGUAUGGGACCAGUGUAACGUAGUCCAGGACUAUCUCACAGUAUACGAUGGACCAUCAACUCUAGACCCAGUCUUGGUCAGACUGUGUGGAGGUGAUGUAGUUCCAGACAUUGUCAGCAGCGGUCCUAACAUGCUGCUGGAGUUCCACACCUCCCCAUACGACAACCCCUUCCACCCUGUACCUCUCAGCUAUCUACCUGGAUUCGAGCUGGAAGUUCAGGUGCUGUUUGUCGAAGCUCGAUCUCAUAAGUACGUGAGGGACGGUCGCCAUUGCGAAUUUCUCCUCACCAGUUUUGACUCUCCAUGGGGCGUUUUGGAAAACCCACGCCACUCACUGCCCCCCAACACCACCUGCCGCUACCACUUUCAGGGUCGGACACACGAGACGGUAUGGUUAUCGUUUAUCAAGUACCAUGCAGCCAGCGCCGACCCUGCCGCCUUCCAACUUGGGGACGAUUGUAACGCCAGGCUAAGGAUAUGGGACGGGAGGAUCACUUCUGUUACAGGACUACAGACAAACGUCAGUCUCCUGGGAGAGUUCUGCAAGGACGAAGUACCAAGACUCUGUGAUCAUACUCUUCUGAGUAAUAGUUCUCGCUUCACCCGCCCGUGUUCCUUGGCUGAGAGUUACGUGUCCUCUGGAAGUGAACUUACCCUGGAACAGUUUCUGAAGCAGGGUUCAGUCCUUUUUCCACUAAACUUCCUUAUACGCUACGAAUUCGUCGACACUUCUCUAGAAGGAAGCCACGUUAAGGGUUCAGACAAUCCUUGCGACCGUGUAUUUUUAUCGUCUCCCAAUUCACUUUCCUCUGGAAAAUUUCAGUCUCCGAGGAGUGUUUUUUACUACGGGAGAGGUGGUGCUCAAAACCUAAGCUGCAUAUUGAGAUUCGAACCCGGACCCGGAGAAAGAGUAAGAUUAACCUUUACAAGAGCUAAGUUUGGUGAAAGACUUUGUUCUACAGAAGAAGAUUCGCGAACUGGAAGAUGGAGAUGUGAGAAAGGAGUUGAGUCUCCUGCUGUCGCGGAGUUGUGGGUGUCUGAAUACCCUUGGCCCUUAGUGAAACUUCAGAGAGAUUGUAUGUGCUCCAAGCUGUCUGAACCAAUCACUAUAAACACGCUUACGACAUCAAUAGUUGAAGUAAAUUUUACAGUGACAUUUAUGAAUAUCACGCAAGACUUUGGAGACUUCCAUUUUGAAGGGGAGUACCAGUUUGUAAGUGUUCCGUCGGACUCUAUGAGUGAAGCUUGUGUAAAACACAGAGAGGAGAGAAGACUUAGAGGUUCCAGUGGAGAGGUUGUACUUAGAAGUCCUGCUGUCAGUAAAGUGGAAUACAAUGAAGUGAGUGCUGCCAGAGUGACAGAGGAGACCGUCUCAGAAGACCACUUAGAUUUAAACAGCUGCUCGAAUUUCCCAUGGCUCAUAGAACCCGAAGAUAAUUUUCUUUAUCUUAAGAUUCGAGGUUAUGAACUUUCUGCUACAAGGUGGAAAAAAGAGUCUUUUCAGUGCGACACUGCCAAUCGCAUCCUAGUGUACGCUGGUGUCGGUGCUCGUGAGGCCAGAGUGGUCUGCCCUACAAGUGAUUCGGGCGUCAACAGGCUGCGGGUCGUUGAGGUUUUCUCAGAUGGGUGGAACCGUAGUUCUUCGCUUACGCUUCUUACUCCUCACGCUCGUAGCUUUGUUGUUGAGUUUCUUGAGAAAGAACCUGGGAGUUAUUCAGUCACGUGGAUGGAAGUGUCAAAGAGGCCGAUGCAAACGUCCACAAGUAGCUUCGUCAUGACUUCAUCAAACCCACUUGACUGCCCUUACAGGUGUCCGGAGCUGAACGCCUGCAUCAGUGCUGAGCUGUGGUGUGAUGGAGCCUGGCAUUGCCCCUCUGGGUACGACGAAGCAGAGGCUAACUGCGCCUUCCAGUUUGGAGUGCCGAUAUUGUACGUGCUGAUAGGGGCUGGUGCACUGAUAAUGCUGACGUUACUUAUAACAAUGACUGCCUGCCUCAAGUGGCGUCAGCACAGGAGGAAUCAAAAGAAAAAGAAGAAGGCCAACCGUGGUAGCAACCAUCUGCAUAUAAACCAUAUGCACAAUAACGGUGACUUGGGAAAAAGGUAUCCAGGAUCCCCGGAGGACCUGUUUCUGGACGGUAAGGACUCCCUGUGUUGACAAAGCGUGAUGGCGAUGGAGACGACCGUCUGACGAAGCGCGGACGCAGACGGCGUAUCCGUCGAUGACGUAACCGUCGAAGACGUCAUGCUUGCUGACGUCAUGCCCGACUUGGUCUUCACAGAGCGUAGACGUCGUGGAGGGUUCCCAUAGAACGGAGCUUCAGGUGGAACAGUAAUAUAUACUUUCCGUGGAACUUGUGGAAAACUUCUUACACAACCACCAAGAAAAAAAACCAGUAAAUAUUUGUGAAAUAUUAAGCUGGGUCUCUCCCAAUACAACAUUUCCAGUGUAUCGUAAUUGCUCACAUUCAAACGCUGGCCCUACUUAAGGGUGAUUAGGUUUAAGAAUAAUGAUGAUCGUUUAAAUUGUGGUGUCCUUGUCUCUCUUAGAUUUUUCCAGAGCUAUAUUUUCAUUUGUAAAAUUAAAAUGAGGGAUUAGAUUUGUAAAAAGAAACAUACAGACGAAAGAUAAAAGAGCCAUCUUAGACAGAAAUUUUUAUAAUUUGUUCACGGCCUAAGUAAAAAUACACAGCGUUCUCCCCAGGGAGUUUAUAUACACCAAAUAUAUUCCUUCAAGAUAUUAAUAACGGGAUUAAAAUCUAUUUGGUAAUACAAUGUGAACAUAAUAUGUCAUGAAUAUAUGACAUUACGAUAUAAUAUAUAACACAACUUUAUAACACAAUAUAAUUAUAAAAAAAAACAUUAUUGAUAAUAAGAACUGUGUAUAGCACUAAAUUAUUAUUAUAAAUUAUUAUAUGAAACCAAGAGAGGCAAGAACCAGAAAGGUGUGCAUGUAUAUAUAUAUACACAUUAUAAUUUCGAUUGGACGAGUUAAUUAUAAAUAACCUGAAUCGUCUUUACAAUCAUUUCAGCCCUUUACUUUUAUAAGAUCUUAAAUGUUAUGUUUUUUUUUUGUUUAGGUUUUACAACUUUAAGGAAAAAGACUGAUGAGUCAUUGUAAGGUUACCAAUAGCUAUAAACAAAUUUGAGCGCUAGUAAUAUGUCCUUAUUCAGCAACAAUAUAUGCCAAACCCUUCAAAAGUAAAUUAACAAUAAUAAACUCGCAAUACAUAUUUGAAAGGUAAGAUAUUGAAUAUUACCACAAUAUGUUUUGCAUAUAUCCUAGUAUUACGGAUUGAAGUGAUAACACAUUUUUUAUAAUCAAGUAAAUAAGAUUACGUGCUUCAUGUUUACUGUUGGAUUGUGUAGAAUUUACAUCAGAUCACUGAAUCAUGGUAAUGAGGAAAUUCGGCUUAAAUAAAAUAAUAAAAUCCCUAUUCUGUUACACAUAGUCUAUUCGGUACGUUAUACAAGCUAAAUUAUUAAGAAUAUAAUUGUCAAACGGCUUAAACCUAAACCGUUUAAACUACCCUUUUAUGUGCCAAAUAUUUCUUGACUGACUUCACAUUCAUUAUAAAAUACUAAUGGAAUUGAAUAUUAUAAUGAAAACAUUGACCAAAAUGUACGUAAGAAUAAUGAAGUAGAUACGAUGUAUUAUAUACGAAAUCAUAAAACAAUACAAAAACCAAUACAUCCUUUAGCCAGUGUUGUAAAUAUGCAUCUAAUACACAGCCAUGCUAUAACGUGGCUAUACACAAUCUAUUUACAAUCAAUUUUUUACUCUGAAUUUAAUUUUAACGAAGUUUCAAACUAUCGUAAUAAAAAUAUAUAUAUUUAUAUUAUCUGGUAUACAUAUAUUCCCCAAAAAUUCCUAUGCAUUUCUAAGUUUUAUAGAUCACUUAGGUUUCUUUGUAAAUAUGUAGGUAGACAACGUGUUGUAACCUGGACGUUUACUUGUGUUGCUGGUUUAAAUUGGUUGUUUCUUGAUUAGAAACUCAAUAACUUUAUUUCGUUCUUAUAAAAUAUACUUCAGAAUUUAACAGCACUAGAGGCCUAGGUUUUCAGUUUAUUAUGCACCUUACCCAAAAAGACCAUGACUGUUACAUAAAAUUGUUGUCAAUUAAAACAAAAUAGUUUUACACAAAUAUUAUAGUAAAUUAUUAGGAAGCUCAAACAAUCUUUGUUACGUUGCUAAAAGCAUAUUUACCUACGACCGUUUUUAACUAGCCUGUUCGUUUUAAGUUUAGUUUAUAGACUUGAAAAGAGUUACUUAACCGUCUUCCUUACUUAAUAUACAGUAUUGUUUUUUUUUACUUUACAGUACAGGUUUGAACGAUUAAAGUUAAAGAAUGAAAAGAAAAGUAGGAACAUUGUUAUUCUUCGAACGCCAACUUAUCAGCUGUUAAGACCAAUUUUUUUUAACAACAAGCGAUCGGUUGGAACCAUCGAUCUCUAUUAUUAUUACAACUGUAGUAAUAAUAGAGAUCGAUGGUUGGAACAAGUCGUUGCAUCAAAAUCAUUAGCAACAAUGAGAGGUUAUAAAAGAAAACAUAACCUCUUUUGGAAGUUAUGAGAAUUGAUUGUUACUAAUUAAGAAACAGUCGUAGGUAAAGCAGCGUACGUAAUUCGUAUUAUUAGCAUUUACGACACUCGUAGAAGUUUUAAAGGCACUUGUCAGGUCUCGUACUUUCAAUGUUCUACUCGUGUCGUAAAGAUACUCCUUACGUGAUUGUUGUGUAAAAUACUAUUUUACCAUUUAUUGUAAAACAAUGUAUUAGUUACAAACAAAUGGCCCAGCUUAAAAUUAUUUAUUUAGACCCUGAACUGUUUAGAUUAUACUAUUAUACGGCGCGUACCUUCACGUGAACAGUUUAACAUAGUAGGGAUUGGAAUGACAACAUGUUUCGCAUAUUUAGGCAUUGUCAAGUGAUAUCAUUUAAAACAAUGUUUCGUCCAAUAACAGAUCUGUUGUUGACAAUCAAAUAGCUACACACAUGGGACAUAACACGCACGAAAAAACCAUUGAAAUGCAGAGUUUUCCCUGUCCGUGCUGCUAACGGUUUAUAGUAAGCCUACAACUCCGAGUUUUACGUUAUUUUGUUUUUGUUAUGUCAAAUUUAUGUAUUUAUUCGAAUCUCAAUAAAAAUAUAUAUUAUUAGUUGAAACAGUCUUGAAAGUGAUAUUACAGUAGGCUAUCUCUUGACAAUCCCUAAAUAGACCGAACAUUUGUGAUAAGUAACCACUACUGGAUUGAACCGUUGACUUCAAGGAAUGUACCUUAUUAAUAGUGAAAAUUUGAAAAAUAAAAAAACUUAACAAGCCAACGCUUAAAAGAUAAUUCAAUAUUCAUGUUUAACUAGGCUUAAAUUGACAUAAUUAUAUAGAAUCCAUACGCUUAUGAUAGUACACCUUACUGGUGUCCUACGUUUUAUUAUAAUACAUUUGUUUAUUAUUUAUUUCUAUGUGUUGGUAUGAAAUGUAAUUUUAAGUCUGUUUCUAUCCGAAAAUGCUUUUAGUUUAGAUAUUUUGUAUAAAGAAUGUUUAGCUGAU